AACCAGUAAAUAGGUCUGUGUGUCAGCGGCGCUCUGGAUGGAUUUCCGGGUGCAUCGUAGCUAGCAUCAUCUGCUCCUCGGUCUGUCUCUGUCCGCUGAAAACACGUCCACCACAGGCCAGGACACCCACCCAGCCCCGCAUUUCAGCACCGGCUCCAUGUAUAAUUGAUGUCUACCAGCUGAAAGCCAAAGCGGGCGCAGCAGGGCGGCCAGCGGAACGAGUCAUGGCGGCGUCGCUUCUCUCCGAGACCGACAUCAGGCACCGGUCUAUGGCGGAGGAGGAUCCGAACGGUAACGAGCACGGGGCGGCUGCACGCAGCGCGGCACCUCGAUGGGGUCCUCAGCACGCCGGGGCCCGACAGCUAGCGACGCUGUACUCGCCUGGUAAGCGGCUCCAGGAGUGGAUAUGUGUAGUUCUGUGCCUCUUUCUUUUCAUCAUCAACUUUUCCUUCCUCGUCCUCCAUUUCUGCACUGUUCACAUCUUCAAGAUCAUCCUGGGCAUUGUCCUAGGAAUAGUGACAGCGGACUUUGCAUCAGGGAUCGUCCAUUGGGGAGCAGACACUUGGGGGUCUGUGGAUAUUCCUAUAAUUGGCAAGGCAUUCAUCCGGCCAUUCAGGGAGCACCACAUCGACCCAACUGCCAUCACUCGCCAUGACUUUAUUGAAAUAAAUGGCGACAACUGUAUGAUCCCCAUCCUCCCACUGGCCUACAUGGCCUACAAGUUCCUCACGUACUCACCAGAGGCCUUGGCUACAUCUUAUCCGUGGGACUGCUACGUCUUUGCUCUGGCGGUCUUCGUAACGCUGACCAAUCAGAUCCACAAGUGGAGCCACUCGUACUUCGGGCUCCCUCGCUGGGUCCGACUGCUCCAGGACUGCCACCUGGUCCUGCCACGAAAGCACCAUCGCAUCCACCACGUAUCCCCACACGAGACCUACUACUGCAUCACUACAGGCUGGUGUAACUACCCUCUGGACCAGCUGGGCUUCUGGAGGUGGAUGGAGCGUGCAAUCGAGCAGUUGACGGGACUGAAGCCUCGAUCAGACGACAUGGCCUGGGCAAAGAAAACCCACUGACAACAAACCUAACACAUUCUUCUCAUUUCUUUAUGCUUCUGGCUUUUUGCAAAAAAAAUCCGAGAUGGUUGCAGUGACUUGGGUUGUGUUUUUCAGUGGCCAAUGGGCAGGUUGGUUUAGGCGUGUUUAAACAGUAUGUGCUUGAUAUGUUAGGGUGUGUUGCUCUUGGAGGUUGGGCUCUCCAGGAUUAACGCCAUGUUGCCUGUCAUUGGUACAUUGUUCAGUCACAGGGUCACGCUUGUCCACUGUAAUUUCUGAUUUGUUUGUUUAAAAACAUUCUCACAUAAUUGCCCAUGCUAAGAAUUUAUUAAGAACUUAAGAACUAUUUAUAGUGUAAGAUAGGAAAAUGGCAUAUUUGGUGUGUGAGAAAUAUUGCUGUUAAGAUGUUUAAAGUUAUAGAUGUGUUGAUAAUUAAUAAAAGUAAUGUAUAAUGCUAUGUUUAAAGCAGCCUCCACAUUAUCAGAUUUUGCUUAUUUGAUACAAUUCUGCUCCCCCCAAAUUAAAAAGUUGUCUCCUUUAGGGCCAGACUGAGUACAUUGGAGUGCAUUAUCUCCCAAUAUUAUCUACUGUUAUGGAUAUUCAGUCUUAUUUAUUUACGUGGACUGGGGAUUGGACCAAAGGUGAUGUUUUAAUUGGAGUUCUUGUAUUUUAUGAACUAAAACACACUCUACCACUUUUUACCAAACAGGUCACACUUCUUCUUCAUAAGCAGCAUUAUGAACAUUUAAAACAUUUACAAAUACUUGCAGACCAAAUGAAAAGUUAUUCAAAAAUACAAACGUGUCGUUGGUGUAACAUGCAAGGUUAUGUUUUUUAAAGGCAGUCUUUAUGAGAAGUAUUUCUUGUGGAGAAUUUUAAGUCCAUUGUGCGAUAGAAUAGAACACACAAGAAGACAAGAAGACAAGUGGUUGGUAAAUAAGCAUUUAGUUUUUUUGCACUUUUUGAGGAGACAGCCAUUGAGUGGUUUCUAUGCCAUGUGCUUAUAGGCAGACAAAUCAAUGGCUCAAGUUUUUGCUCGUUUGUUGACUUUAGACUGAGUUUGCCAGUUUAGCAUCACUUGACUUUUUCACCACCUCACAGACAGUUAACGGCAUUUGUUCAGGACUAAUAAAAUGUAAUUAUGAAGAGGAUUGAAAUGGGGGCUCAUUGCUGUACAACAUUGUACGCUAUCACACCGAGAAGACAGUGAAAACAGUUGUGUACGACGCUAAUUAGUGCCACUGAACGCCACACUGUGCAGGAACUGUAAAAAUGUGUCACAAUUCUGUAAACCCAAUUGUUUUCUCAGUUUGAAGCGACACAAAGGUAAAACGCAUUGAUCACACUCCAGUGACUGGUGUUCACUGCUGAUGAGGCUGUGUUAGGAAGGAGAGCAGUUUGAUUUGUUUUCAUCUUUAGAUGAAAGUCACAAAGGUCAAUUACAAUAGCACUUUAUUUUGACAACAUACCCUCUGUUACACCUGUCCUACUUCUAAGCUUAAAACCAACAAAAAGUUUGGGCAGUGUGCAAAUGUGAAUAAAAAUCAAUGCAACGGUUUGUGUUUUAAAACCUAAUUUUACUCACAUUUCCACAUAAUGAAAAAAUAAUAUUUAAAGAGACACCUUUUGGAUAUAUUGACAGUGCAAAUUCAAUAGGCCUCGCUGCUCUUACUUUUCACCUGUCAAGUUAGACUGUCAGAAACAUCAUUUGCGUUUAGCUAAUUUUGCUUUUAUUUACACUUGACACAAUGCCCUUCCCUUUUGUUAAGGUUGUACAAUAACAGCCUGUUAUACCCGCGUAGCUCUUGAAACUCAUUGAAAUCAUGUCUUCUGCUCUGCUCUGCCACUUGGUUUUGUUGUUUCUGGCUUUAUAAUUUUCUAUUUUUAUGGACAAACCAAGCCUUGUAUAGAGUUACAAUUCUAAUGUUCCAUUCAGCAGCUGUUCGCUCGCUGCUUGUCUGCCUUAAUGUUUUUAUCUGCUCUUUGAUUUAAAUAAAGGUUUAUUAACUCAAA